UCCUCUGAGUCUGAGAAUUGAGAACUUCAUCAUCGGCAGACAUGAGGAACGUUUACGCUUUUGCCCUGCUGCUCGUCGCAGUUGCUGCAAGCACCGCCUUCGGUGCCAGCGUUUCAAGUCAGCCUGGACAUCUGAUCUGUCGCAAUAAGGCGAACGGAAUCCGGGCCCUGGUCCCCGGAAGCUGCUCCAGAUUUUACGAAUGCCAUAAUGGAAUUGCCACGGAAUACGCUUGCCCCAAGUACUAUGACUUCAAGACCCGAAGCUGUGUUUCCUACAAUCCCGGUUGCACGGAGGGUGCAGUAGUGGCAGCGGCGCAGCCAGAGGCAAAAAAAGUAGUCCGAGAUACGGCUACGCCAUGCAAGGACUCUACCCCGACCCCCCCACCCUGCUCCAAGAUCACAACGACGACACCACCCUGUGAUAAGGUCACUACGACAACAACAACAACACCUUGUGCCCCUACAACGACUUCUACCACAACGACAACGACAACCACUACCACAACAACCACUACUACAACAACCACUACAACAACCACUACGACAACUACAACACCUUGUGCCCCCACAACGACUUCCACCACAACGACAACCACUACAACCACUACCACAACAACCACUACUACAACAACGACCACAACAACCACGACAACAACCACAACGACAACUACAACACCUUGUGCCCCUACAACGACUUCCACCACAACGACAACCACGACAACAACGACCACAACAACAACUACUACGACAACCACGACAACAACCACUACCACAACUACAACACCUUGUGCCCCUACAACGACUUCCACCACAACGACAACCACUACAACAACUACUACAACAACCACAACUACAACAACGACCACAACAACCACGACAACAACCACAACGACAACUACAACGCCUUGUGCCCCUACAACGACUUCCACUACAACGACAACCACUACCACGACCACCACAACAACUACUACAACAACCACGACAACAACCACUACCACAACUACAACAACCACUACCACAACUACAACAACCACUACCACAACUACAACACCGUGUGCCCCUACAACGACUUCCACCACAACGACAACCACUACAACAACUACCACAACAACCACUACUACAACAACGACCACAACAACCACGACAACAACCACAACGACAACUACAACACCUUGUGCCCCUACAACGACUUCCACUACAACGACAACCACUACCACGACCACCACAACAACUACUACAACAACCACGACAACAACCACGACAACAACCACUACCACAACUACAACAACCACUACCACAACUACAACACCGUGUGCCCCUACAACGACUUCCACCACAACGACAACCUCUACAACAACUACCACAACAACUACUACUACAACAACUACUACAACCACGACCACCACAACAACUACUACAACAACCACAACAACAACCACUACCACAACUACAACACCUUGUGCCCCUACAACGACUUCCACCACAACGACAACCACUACCACGACCACCACAACAACUACUACAACAACCACGACAACAACGACUACCACAACUACAACACCUUGUGCCCCUACAACGACAUCCACCACAACGACAACCACUACCACGACCACCACAACAACUACUACAACAACCACGACAACAACGACUACCACAACUACAACACCUUGUGCCCCUACAACGACUUCCACCACAACGACAACCACUACCACGACCACCACAACAACUACUACAACAACCACUACCACAACUACAACACCUUGUGCCCCUACAACGACUUCCACCACAACGACAACCACAACAACAACUACCACAACAACCACGACAACGACCACUACGACAACUACAACACCUUGCGCGCCUACAACAACUUCUACCACAACGACAACCACCACCACGACCACCACAACAACUACUACGACAACCACGACAACAACCACUACCACAACUACAACACCUUGUGCCCCUACAACGACUUCCACCACAACGACAACCACUACAACAACUACCACAACAACCACUACUACAACCACCACGACAACACCUUGUGCUCCGACAACGACUUCCACAACAACGACAACAACCACUACAACAACUACAACACCUUGUGCCCCUACAACGACUUCCACCACAACGACAACGACAACCACUACCACGACCACCACAACAACUACUACAACAACCACCACCACAACUACAACACCUUGUGCCCCUACAACGACUUCCACUACAACGACAACCACAACAACAACUACUACAACAACCACUACAACACCUUGUGCUCCGACAACGACUUCCACAACAACGACAACAACCACUACAACAACUACAACACCUUGUGCCCCUACAACGACUUCCACCACAACGACCACCACGACAACAACCACGACAACUUGCGCUCCUAAGGAGACAACUACGACAACCACCUGCUCUCCAAAAACAACGACUACGACCACGGCUUGUUCUCCAGAAGACGACGCCUCCACAACGACCACUACUUGUUCGUCAAAAGUAACUACAACAACAGCCUGCCCCGACUCUGAACCAACAACGACUUGCGAGUCGACCGCGGCCUCGAAGUCGAAGUCCAAGUCAAAGGCAAUGGCAGCUACCCAGGCGAACCGUAACCCCGUCCGCAGAAAUCCCCUGAGCAAGCUUCUGUGGGAAGUGGCUCAUUUGGCGGGACUCACGUCCACUGGAUCUGGAACUGGACUGGAAGUAUCCUGCUCCGGCAAGCCCGACGGAUUCCUGAUGGCGUCGCCAAAAAGCUGCAGUGAAUACUACAUCUGUCGGCACCAACGCGCUCUGAAGGUGAGCUGCGGUGAUAAGUACUUCAAUGGAGCCAAGGGCAUGUGCGAUCUUCCCGAGAACACAAGCUGCAUCCAAUCUUAAAGGGACGAACCAACUGAUGGCUUUCGAAAAACAUGGAAACAUGGAAUACUUAAAAAUUGUAGAAUGCAUAUAAGUA